AUGGCGCGCGUGCGCGCGGCCGCGGGCGACGUGCCGCUGGCGGUAGGUUUCGGCAUCUCGACGCCGGAAGGCGUCAAAGAGACGGCGGCUUUAGCCGACGGCGUCGUCGUCGGGUCGGCGAUCAUCCGGUCGUUGGACGCCUCCGCGGACUUCGCGGCGCCGAAACGCGCCGAGGCCCUCGAGGCCUUCGCGAAGACGCUCCGCGACGCGACGGCGGGCGAGUCCGCGCGCGACGCCCCGCGCGAGGCCGGCGCCGCGGAGGCCGCGGGCUUCAAGCCGACGUCGCUCCCGGACCACUUCGGCGCCUUCGGGGGGCGCUACAUCCCCGAGACGCUCGCCGCGGCGCACGCGGAGCUCGAGCUCGAGUACGAGAAGGCGAUCAACGACCCCGCGUUCCUCGAGGAGCUCGCGUUCUACCGCAAGCAGUUCAUCGGCGGGCCCACGCCCCUGUACCGGGCCGACCGCCUCUCGGAGGCCGUCGGCGGCGCGACGAUCUGGCUCAAGCGCGAGGAAUUGGCGCACACGGGCGCGCACAAGAUCAACAACGCCGUGGGCCAGGCCUUGCUCGCGAAGCGCCUGGGCAAGACGCGGGUCAUCGCCGAGACGGGCGCGGGCCAGCACGGCGUCGCGUCGGCGACGGUCUGCGCGCUGCUGGGUCUGGAGUGCGUCGUCUACAUGGGCGCGGUCGACUGCGCGCGGCAGUCGCUGAACGUCUUUCGCAUGAACGUGCUCGGCGCGGAGUGCGUGCCCGUGCGCGCGGGCGAGGCCACAUUGAAGGACGCCAUCAACGAGGCCAUGCGCGACUGGGUCACGAACGUGCGCGACACGCACUACUUGAUCGGGUCCGCGAUCGGGCCGCACCCGUUCCCGACGAUCGUCCGCGACUUUCAAAGCGUCAUCGGCAAGGAGGCGCGGGCCCAGUUCAUGGAGAUGAACGACGGCGCGCUGCCGGAUGCUGUGGUGGCCUGCGUCGGCGGCGGCUCCAACGCCAUCGGCAUGUUCCACCCCUUCGUGGGCGACGAGGGCGUCGAGCUCCACGGCGCGGAGGCGGACGGCGACUCGACGCAGGGUUCGGCGACUUUAAGCCGCGGCUCGCCGGGCGUGCUCCACGGCACGAAGACCUACCUCCUCCAGGACGAGGUCUCGGGCCAGGUCGAGGCGACGCACUCCAUCUCCGCGGGCUUGGACUACCCCGGCGUCGGCCCGGAGCACGCGUUCCUCAAGGACGCGGGCCGCGCGCAGUACGCGCCCAUCAACAACGACGAGGCCCUCGCGGCCUUCUCCCAGCUCUCGCGCACGGAGGGCAUCAUCCCCGCGCUCGAGCCCUCGCACGCGGUCGCGCUCGCGAUCAAGCUCGCCAAGGAGAAGGGCCCGGGCAAGCACGUCGUCGUCAACCUCUGCGGCCGCGGCGACAAGGACAUGAUCACGGUCGCCAAGGCCCUCGACGUCGACCUCGACGACUACACGCCCACGGACGGCAAGUGGGACUCGUUCACGAACCGCAUCACCUACGAGGGCAAGGACCAAUAA